AUGACUGAAGUACAGAUAUCGUCUUACGACGAUCGUGACGAUGAUGACGAAAACUCGUGUUUUGUGGGGUGUCGAGAACUUUUUGACAGUUAUAAAUACGAAGGUGCUGUGAUAAUCCUGACGCUGUGUGACAUGGUUUUCAUUAUUCUCGAGCUGAUCGUCAAUUCCAAGUGGUUCGAGGAAUACCCGGCGUCUCAAACCUUGGCAAACGUGUUGCACGUCUUCAUCAUUAUUGUAUUGGUCUUGUUCCUGUUGGAAUCUUUUGUGAAAAUGUGGCUGUACAGACUGAAGCUGUUUUGUAAAUGGGCGGAUUUGGCAGAGGUCCUGGUUGUGACUGCCGCAGCCAUCACGGAACUGGUGUAUUAUCACUCGUUUGCAGGGAAAUCCGGCUUUGAAGCCAUUGUUAUCGUGAGGUUGUGGAGAAUAUUGAGACUGAUUGCAGGUAUUAGACGGGAGGUUGAAAGCAAAGCGACUCUCAAAGUGAAGCAGCAUCGGAAAAUGCGCGAAAACGCAGAGAAAGAAUGCGUUGCGGCGCAAGAAGAAUGCGACCUAUUGCGACAUCAAAAGGAAACUCUGAUCAAAGUGAUUAUGGAAGUGACUGACAAGACUGAAAGUGAAAUUUUGAUGCUGCUUCGAGAUGGAUCCGUCCCCGUCGGUUGGACAGUGAAUUAAAUCGUGAGAAAGAACCGAGACGAGAUUGGAAAAAGUGCCGAUAUUUAUAAGACUCGCCGAAAGACGCUCAAAGGAGAAUCCGAAUCACGUCCCUGAGGAUCGUAUUUGCCAAAAAAAAGAGUAUAUUGUGCUGUUAAUUUUUUUUUUUACCCCGUGUAUUCAGUGAAACUCAAAGUACGUUGCUCAAAUACGUAUUUUAGCCGCCGGUUGCAUUUCGUGGUUGAAACAGGGAUGAUUUUUUAUACGAA